GAAAUGUGACAUCAUGCGUGUCCUGACAGCCGAAGCCCCCCAGAGGUUUGCUGAUAUUGUGGGAGCCUUUGGUUCCGCACGGAGCCUGAGCAGCAUGACACGCGCUUUAAAUUAAAAUGCGCUUUUCUGUGGACAUGACAGCCGCCAUACAUGCCUACAUCUGCGGUUUUAAAAGGCGACUCAUUAGCCUCUAAGAAAAAUGCCUUAUGGGAAACACCAUCGUUCGAAUACAUUCCAGAAUUAGAGGACCAAGUCUAAGCUGCAUUUUCUAUGAUAACGUUUUGUACCCAAUCUGCUGGCGCAGAGCUCUUUUUCAUCGCAAACCUGCCGUCCUCGUCUCCCGAAUCGUCUCUCCGACCGUCCCACAGGGCGACCGCCUAUCAUGAGAUUCCGAAUUUACAAGCGAAAGGUGGUAAUACUGACUCUAGUGGUGGUCAUCUGCGGAUUCGCCGUCUGGAAUAGCGGGAAACCGAAGAAGGCGAACGCCUCCGUGUUUCCCAAAGAGGCGGAAGCGGGUAAGCGGAGCAGCGCCGGCGGUCAGGUACAAAUACAGGUUACCGUUCCGGUAACUCGUAAACCGGUCAACGAGACUCUUCCGGAAAAACAACAGCAGCAGCAGCAGGCAGCUGCCAAACCUGAAGCGGACAACGCCACGCUGGUGUACAGAGGAAUUGUCUUUCAGCUCAACUUCGAUCAGACCCUAAGAAACGAGGAGAAGUUUCGCUCGGUGCGCCAGAAGGACGACCUAGCGGUCGUGGUCCAGGUUCACAACCGUCCCGAAUACCUACGCCUGUUGGUGGACAGCUUGAGGAAAGUGAAAGGAAUCGAGAACGUCUUGCUGAUAUUCAGCCACGACUUCUGGUCGCCGGAAAUCAACCAGAUAGUCGCGUCCGUCGACUUCUGCUUGGUCCUUCAGAUAUUCUUCCCCUUCAGCAUCCAGCUCUAUCCUCAAGAGUUCCCUGGGAACGAUCCCAGAGAUUGCCCUCGAGACAUUCCCAAGAAAGAUGCCUUAACCCUAGGCUGCAUAAACGCAGAGUACCCAGACUCUUUCGGACACUAUCGGGAAGCCAAGUUCUCGCAGACCAAACACCACUGGUGGUGGAAGCUGCACUUCGUUUGGGAUCGAGUCCGAGCGUUGAAGGACCACCAAGGACUCUUGUUGCUCAUCGAAGAGGACCACUACCUCGCUCCCGACUUCUACCACCUUCUCAAGCUCAUGGCGACCCUCAAGAAAGAGCAAUGCCCCGACUGUGACAUCUUGUCCCUAGGAAGCUACGGUCACGUCGGCUACUCCAGCAAAGCCAACAAAGUGGAGGUGAAGGCGUGGAAGUCCACCGAGCACAACAUGGGAAUGGCGCUGAGCAGAGACACCUACCAGAAACUCCUCAGAUGCACCGAUGCCUUCUGCACCUACGACGACUACAACUGGGAUUGGUCGUUGCAGCACCUUACCGUGACCUGCUUGCCCACGUUCCUGAAGGUCAUGGUCAGCGAGGCGCCGCGCGUCUUCCACGCCGGCGACUGCGGCAUGCACCACAAGAAGUCGGCUUGCAUGCCGAGCGGCCAGAAGACGAAGAUCGAGAACAUUCUCCAGAGCAGCGGGAACCAGCUGUUCCCCAAACAGCUGCUCAUUACAAAGAGACUCCCCGCUUCCGGGGCCAAAGGCGUGGCUCCGCACGUCAAAAACGGAGGUUGGGGAGACAUCAGGGACCAUGAACUCUGCAAGAGCUACCUUCGAUUACAGUGACUUUGUAUUCUCUCGUUUUUGCAUCCUCUAAUGAAAGCCUUUAAGAGUUCUUUACGGACUAUUUCUUCAUAUUGCCUGUUUUAUUGAGAUAUUCCAAAUAAAAGAAAAAGAUGUGACGUUUGGAUUUGGUGGUUAUGAGCAUCAUUGAAGUAUUAUUAAACAAGUGUUAUUGUUGUCAUCUAUUAUUAAAUAGCAUUUUUGUGCCAUUUCGAAGACGACGUUUGUAUGUAUGAUUUUACGAUUUGCAAAAGCAUGAACUUUCGUAUGAUUAUGUAUAUGUGUGUGUGUAUAUAUAUACAGAGCUGCAGACAGUGUACUUGUUUUGAUCAUAACGCCACCUUCUGUUUAAGGUUAUGCUAAAACGACUGGGCUAUUUUUGAUAUGCAGAUGAACUAUUUUCUAUUUGCUUGAAUGUCACUGACCGUUUUCCGGGUGUAAGGUUGUGCUUCAUAUUGAACGUAUUCCAGUAUUAGAAUGGUUUUGAAGCUUUUGCAAGACAUUAAAAUUGCAUUGACUAUCUCGCGGUCCUCAUUAGCCCCUUAUAGACGCUUUGUCC